AUGGAGCACAGAAAGUCAUUUGUGCUUGUUGCUCUCUUCGCAUUACUUCUGUUGACCGAAAUUGUCAUUGCUGAGAGCAAUGGCGACAAAGGCAACAACGGUAAUAACGGCAAGGGGAAUGAUGGACAAGUUGAAAAGGGUAAAGGAGGAGAUGAUGCCAAAGGCAAAGGUAAUGGUAAUGGUCCAAAGGACAAAGACAAGAAGGAAAAGGAAAAGAAGGACAAGGACAAGAAGGAGAAGAAGGACAAAGAAAAGAAGGACAAGGAGCAGAGUGAAGCGGCUGCUAAAUACAGGAUGCUUUCACCUUUGCCUACAGGACAAGAGCAGGCCAUGUGCCAAGGUCAAGGUGCAUGUUAUUACAAAACUCUUGUUUGUCCUGGUGAAUGUCCCAAUAGGAAGCCCACUAAGAACAAAAGCACCAAAGGUUGUUUCAUUGACUGCACUAGCAAAUGUGAAGCUACAUGCAAAUGGAGGAAACCAAACUGCAACGGCUACGGUUCUCUAUGCUACGACCCUAGAUUUGUCGGAGGAGACGGUAGGAUGUUCUAUUUCCAUGGAUCCAAAGGAGGAAACUUCGCCAUCGUUUCAGACAACAACCUCCAAAUCAACGCACACUUCAUCGGUACAAGACCCGCUGGGAGAACCAGAGACUUCACAUGGGUUCAAGCCCUAAACGUCAUGUUCGAAAACCACAACCUCGUGAUCACAGCCAACAGAGUGUCUCAAUGGGAAGAAAACUCUGACGCCUUCACCAUCAGACACAACGACAAACUCAUCACACUACCUGAAGACGAACAAUCAGAAUGGAGGGAAACUUCAGGACAAAGAGAGAUCGUCAUUGAAAGAACAGACGAAAGAAACAGCGUGAGAGUACUUGUCUCUGGUCUUGUUCGGAUUGACAUCAAAGUGAGACCAAUAGGGAAAGAAGAGAACAGAGUUCACAACUAUCAGUUGCCACAAGAUGACGCUUUUGCGCAUCUUGAGACUCAGUUCAAGUUCUUUGACCUAAGUGAGCUCGUUGAGGGGGUUUUGGGGAAAACCUACCGUCCUGGUUACGUUAGCUCCGCUAAGAGUGGAGUUCCAAUGCCUGUGAUGGGAGGAGAAGAUAAAUAUCAGACGCUUUCUCUGUUCUCGCCGAGUUGCAGACUCUGCAGGUUUAAGCCUCAAGAAGAACCACUCUUUGCUGAUAUCUAA